AUGACGACGGUAGCGCUGGUCCGGUUUUCGUUCGUUUGGCAUGGUAAGUUUGUCGUCUUCUUUGUUUUCUUUUUGGUUGAUUUUGUCGCCGCCGAUGACUUUUGUGGUCGUCCUCUUCAAUCAGGAAUUGCCACUAACAGACUUCCUUCCAGGCACUCCGCAGGUACCUACGACGCUGAAUCAGACACCGGCGGUUCGAAUGGCGCCGGCAUGCGAUACGAAGCCGAAGGAGGCGACCCCGCCAACGCAGGUCUCCAACACGGACGAGCCUUCCUGGAGCCGGUGAAGGAAAAGAACCCCUGGAUCACAUAUUCGGACCUAUGGACGCUAGCCGGCGUAGUGGCCGUCGAAGAGAUGGGCGGUCCCAAAGUUCCCUGGAAGCCCGGUCGGACCGAUCUAGUCGACGACUCGAAGGUGCCGCCACGAGGCCGGUUGCCCGACGGAGCCCAGGGCGCUGACCACCUGCGAUUCAUCUUCUACCGCAUGGGAUUCAACGACCAGGAGAUCGUUGCGCUAGCCGGCGGACAUAAUCUGGGACGGUGUCAUAUGGAUCGGAGCGGAUUCGAGGGUCCGUGGGUGAACAACCCGACUCGGUUCUCGAAUCAGUUCUUCAAGUUGCUUCUCAAGCUGGAGUGGAAGCCGCGGACGCUGUCGAACGGCGUGCAGCAGUUCAACUAUGUGGAUCCCGAUGCCGACGAGGAUGACGAGCCGUUGAUGAUGCUGCCGACCGAUAUCUCGUUGAUCACGGACCCGUCGUUCCGGCAAUGGGUGGAGCGAUAUGCGGAGGACAAGGAUCUGUUCUUCGAUCAUUUUGCCAAGGUUUUUGCCAAGCUGGUCGAACUGGGGAUUCGACGUGACGAGAAGGGCGCCAUCGUCAACACGGACAACGUCAAGGGCGGAUACGUGUCUGCACCGAAGAAGAGCAAUACCCCCACUGGACCACCUAAGAAGCAGGAUGCAUGUGUGCGAGCCCGUCUAUAG